AUUUUAGACGGACGCGACUUUUCAGCGGGUGUGGUCGUGUGCUAGUAAUAAUCUACCUCGCGGUGCAAAUCUCGGAUCUUUCGGCCGAUCAACAUAAACAAUUCAAGUACAAGAACUUAGAAAAGCUGUACACGAUCUAUCACAGAAGAAUACAAUAUGGUUAUCUCUCGAUAUUCAUCUUAUUACAACUGGUACUUGGACUUGCGUAUUGCUCGUCUUUGAUCAUAACGGUCGGCAUGAAGGAAUGCUUGUUGGAAAUCGUAGUCUAUUGCAUUGUGGGCGCUCUGAUGUGUCCUAUGAUCGCCCUAUCAUUUCGAUCAAGGCACAUCGCCAAAAAUACCUAUUUGCCGAUCAUGCUGUCUUGGAUGAUUAUUGUGCUUUUGGUCGUUUGUGAUCUGACCAUACCUCUAUUUUACGUUUUCACUUACGCCGAGGAUAUUCCGCCGAUAAGACCGGCAUACGCGACGCACUCGCUUCUCGCAUGCUACGUGUUCCUACCGAUCACAAAGAAUUCGCACGCUCUCGUGCUCGGCCUUACAGCCAGCAUGUGUUACUUGGCGACCCUGUCAAUAAUCACCUACAACAACACGUCCGAUCACAUUACCAAGAUUGUCAGCGAUGCGAUAUACUUCAUGUGCGUGAACGCUCUGGGACUCUACUUCAGGUUCAUGAACGAAGUCGUCAUCAGACGUUCCUUCCUGGAUCGUCGGAAAUGCGUUGAGUCCACGCUCAGGCUCAAUUAUGAGAAGGAUCAAGAAGAGCAAUUGACACGGAGUAUAUUGCCACAACACAUAGUGGCGAAAAUCAAAAAGGACUUUCGGGAUAUUUUCAAAUUCAUAGAAGAGCACAAGAAGAGUCCUCCGCCAAAAGGCAGGCCAUACUGCGAUUUAUGCGUGGAGACGCACGAUAACGUGAGUAUUCUGUACGCGGAUGUGGUCAACUUUUCCGGAUUAACUGUAACGCUACCGAUACGGAAACUCGUGGAGACGUUGAACGAUCUAUUCGGCAGUUUCGACGAAGCAUCCGAGAGGCACAAUGUACUGAGAAUCAAAUUUUUGGGCGAUUGUUACUACUGCGUGAGCGGCGUGCCUACGCCAAACUCUCAGCAUGCCAAGAGCUGUGUCGAUCUCGGCCUCGAUAUGAUAAAAAUCAUCAACGAGGUGAGAGCGCGAGUCUACCACGAGAGCGGGGUGGACGUGAAUAUGAGAAUCGGCGUGCACUCAGGCAACAUAAUAUCCGGAAUCCUGGGCACGAACAAGUGGCAAUACGACGUUUGGUCGCGCGAUGUAGUGAUAGCGAACAAAAUGGAGCAAACUGGGAAACCUGGCAAGGUCCACGUUACUCAGCAAACGCUGGAUCUCGUAAACGCGAGCGAUUAUAACUACAUCCCGGUCGAAAGAUUGGAUGACGAGGUCCUUCGAAAAUACGAAAUCCGUAGCUACCUCAUCACGCCGUCUUUGCCAGAAACGCUGAUACUGUCACCGACGCGCGAGAACAGUUUGAACACCAUUAGUCCGGAUACGUAUUCUAUGUCUAACAAGCACUAUGUCAAGUUCAACAAUGGACGUACCAACACCAUUAUCAGCACCAAUUCUAGAACAAGAUUAAUGGUGAACAAUCAGGCAGACGUUUUUGCGAGCACUUAUAGACGGAGAACGCACUUUAUGGAUUCUUGUCUACGAGAUUAUCAUCUGAUGUUGAAAGCAGCGGACGCCGAGAUGGAGAAUGCAAUUAACCAGAUGCCUCUUAGCAAAUGGGAACAAUGGAGCAAUUGGAAACACAUAAAUCCACUCUUCCUGACAUUUCGGCAAUGGAGUUGGGAGAUUCCAUUCUUGCGUGAACCGGAUCCUGUCUUCAAAUUUUACAUCGGCUGUUCUGCCUUCGUGCUUAUCUUCAUGGGACUUAUGUAUCUUGUGCCUACGUUUAUGUUGCCUCAAUGGCAUCUGCGCACACUUGUCGGUUAUUUUUCGGCAUUGAUGUUUUUACUCGUUUUAAUACCCCUCACAUGGAUGCACUUCGUAUGGAAUCGCUGCAAGGACCCGCAUGACGAGCACGAAGGACACGUUCCGCAUCCACGAAACAAACUACUCUACUUUUUUUAUCAAACAAGUGUAAAGGUUGUAUGGAGUGCCCUUCUGAGGACGAUCUUGUACUUGGUGAUUACGAUAAUGCUAGCAGCAUGCGCCAUGCUUGAUAUGAUUUUUGAAUGUAAAAACCACCAUGAGGACAAUUUAUUGGACGAUAACGUAACGUCUAGGGUGUCGGAGAUUUCUUCCAAGUUCGACUGCAUAGCUACACCUUGGCAAAUGACAGAAACCUGCUCGUUGGCGAUUCUCACGAGUUUCCUCUUCCUGAGAGUCCACUAUAUUUUGAAAUUCGUGAUAAGCAUCUGCGUGGUAGCCUUUUACGCGUGGAACGUUUGGGUGCACCGAUCUAAUAUAUUUCAGUUGAGCGACACGUGGAAUCCUAACAUGGAGCCAAGACUGGCGCAUAUAUUGUCCGUUUUAUUUCUUACGUUUUCUUUGCAUCUCAUCGAUCGUCAGGCAGAAUAUUUAAGUAGGCUGGAUUAUCAGUGGAAACGUCAGUUAACGAAGGAACAGGACGAAGCGUUUCAUACAAGAAAUGCCAACAAGCUUCUACUUCGUAACAUCUUACCGGAGCACGUCGCCGAGUUUUAUUUGAACAUGAAUCGAACUGAGGAGAACGAGCCUUAUCACGAGGCUCAUAACAAUGUUGCUGUGAUGUUUGCCUCUUUGACAGAGCUAUCGAUUGUCGAAAGUAACAUUCUCAGCGACCUGAACGAAAUUAUUUGUGAAUUCGACAAGUUACUCUUUGAACCUAGUUUCAUGUGUCGCAUAGAGAAGAUAAAGGUCGCCGGCACAACGUAUAUGGCAGCUUGCGGAUUGGAAGCGCACCGACGUGGUUCAAUGCACAGUACCGAGAGCGACGAGAGUUGCAGCGACAAUGUGGUCAAGGUGAUGGCGCAAUUCGCCGUACAAAUGAUGUCCGUGCUCGAUAGAAUGAACGCAAGGUCGUUCACUACAUCGAAACCUCACAAAUUAAGGAUUGGUAUUUCUCACGGAGAAGUGACGGCCGGCGUCGUGGGGGCUCAAAAGCCAUUGUACGAUAUUUGGGGCGAUGCCGUAAACAUGGCGUCCAGGAUGGAUACUACCGGACUACCAGGAAAAAUACAAGUGACAGCAGAUACGGCUGCUGUCUUGGAGCAACAAGGUGUCAAGUGUCAUUUACGUGGCGAGACGUAUGUCAAGCCGAAAGGAGAGGUCACGACGUACUUUGUAGGUAUCGACGAAAAGGGAAUGUUGGAAAGAGUAGAUGCGAAGGAAGAGAGUACCAGUUUGUGACAAACAAUAACAAAUGAUAACUUGAAUUAACUUUAGCGAUCGAGCUCUCCCGAUUGAUAAAUCGUCUAAAGCGUGCAGGGUGUAGUCGAACAGUCGUCUUUAAAUAGAAAUGAAAAAAAAAAAAAACUAAUUAAUUAAAGAUACGAGAAGAACUUUUUAUUCUUUGAGAUGUACCUCUAUCCAUAUCUAAUCAAGUUUGAUAUAUGAAGUAUUAUAUUGUGUUCAGGAAGAAAUAUUUCGGCAAAUUUUUCGGUAAAAUUGCAGCAUGUAAUUUCACGUAAUAAUUAUUAAAAAAGACUCAUUUAUGGAUCUAUAAUAUCGUAAACAUAUUAAUAUUUGUAGUGUAAAUAAAGAUAAUCGAUAUACAAUAAAGAGAUUGUAGGAGCGACGUACGUGAGCUACACCCUGUCAUGUUGAGUGAGUAUGAAGAAACCAAAGAAAAUGAGAGAGAUCAAAGAUUGCGGGGCACGAGAUGACAUGAAAUGGUAGUAAAAUAACAUAAGGAUAUAUCUCGAAUUAUUAGGUUGUAUGCGAAAACACGCGAUAAUAGCGUCGUUAUUCCCGUGAAUCGAUUGUUAUCACCGAGUAACACUUCUGAUCAAAAUGAAACAGACUACACACACAUACGCGCGCGCGCGUGCGCAUUCCGUGUAGGCAUUGAAAUUACGACAAAGUUUUUGUUUUGAAAGUAUCACAUCCGAAAGAUACAUAUACACCGCGCGCGCGCGCGCGCGCAGCACACACAAAGAAAAAUAUUCAG